AUGCAGGAGAAGGGCCAUCUACAGCCCCCCCUCAGACCACUGCCCUUGUCCCACCGGGCCUCGACCCUGGUACAUCCUCCACCCCUGGCCUCUGCCCUUCACCUGAAGACCCUGGUACACCCUCCACCCCUGGCCUCUGCCCUUCACCUGAAGACCCUGGUACAUCCUCCACCCCUGGCCUCUGCCCUUCACCUGAAGACCCUGGUACAGCCUCCACCCCUGGCCUCUGCCCUUCACCUGAAGACCCUGGUACAUCCUCCACCCCUGGCCUCUGCCCUUCACCUGAAGACCCUGGUACAUCCUCCACCCCUGGCCUCUGCCCUUCACCUGAAGACCCUGGUACACCCUCCACCCCUGGCCUCUGCCCUUCACCUGAAGACCCUGGUACAUCCUCCACCCCUGGCCUCUGCCCUUCACCUGAAGACCCUGGUACAGCCUCCACCCCUGGCCUCUGCCCUUCACCUGAAGACCCCGGUACAGCCUCCACCCCUGGCCUCUGCCCUUCACCCGAAGACCCCGGUACAGCCUCCACCCCUGGCCUCUGCCCUUCACCUGAAGACCCUGGUACAGCCUCCACCCCUGGCCUCUGCCCUUCACCUGAAGACCCCGGUACAGCCUCCACCCCUGGCCUCUGCCCUUCACCUGAAGACCCUGGUACAUCCUCCACCCCUGGCCUCUGCCCUUCACCUGAAGACCCUGGUAUAUCCUCCACCCCUGGCCUCUGCCCUUCACCUGAAGACCCUGGUACAGCCUCCACCCCUGGCCUCUGCCCUUCACCUGAAGACCCUGGUAUAUCCUCCACCACUGACUCAUCUUUUCAUUUGGACCCUGGCCAGCCCCCAUGGACUGAAGAACUACAACUCCUCCGGCAAAGACUCAAUUGUUCAGAUGCAGUAUGAUUUCAGCAUGUCUGUGUUCCUCCCCGAUGAGGUCACUGCCAACAUGUCCCUAAUGGAGGAGAGCCUGAUGGCUGAAAGACCAAUAAAACUUUAG